CCUUCACCAGAGCCACGCCUCUAUGUUCAAGGAACAUCGCUUUACGGAUUGUUGUUAGCGACUUGACUGGACGGGCAAUUCAUUUUUGACAUUUCGAUUUCUUAUCACUUUCCCAAACUUAAGAUUUUAUAACAGCCGAGAAGUGAAAAGGUGAUGUAACAUUGUUCGCGGCGGUAACAUUUGGGUGUUUCGCGCUAUCUCUGGCCGCAGCUUUGCGAGCCCCUUUUGAGUAUGAGUAUACAAUGAAGAGAAGCUUGGAGGACCAGGAACCAGUGUUUUCCCCCCAGCAGCCACGGCGCGUGCCACUACCCCCCUCCGCAGAGACCCUCCAGCACCGCAUCCUUGCCCCGUCCUCCUCUGUGUUGGAGGCCAUUGCAGAUAUAAUGCAGCCCUCUGCAGGCAUCCAGUACUCCAUCCCACAGGGCUACCAGGUGCCUACAAUGCCUCAGAGCACAGUUGGACAUGGACCUGGGCAGAACAGUAGUUCGGCUCUUCAUGUUGGGCCCCACUCCCUCAACUCCUCUGUGCCGUCCCAGGGGCCCGCAGUGGUCCAAAGCCACCCUCAGCCCCCCUCAGCUCAAGGGCAGCAGCAAUUCCAGAGACUGAAGGUUGAAGAUGCAUUGUCCUACCUGGACCAAGUGAAACUGCAGUUUGGGAACCAGCCUCAAGUUUAUAAUGACUUCCUUGACAUCAUGAAAGAGUUUAAAUCCCAGAGCAUAGACACCCCGGGGGUGAUCAGCCGUGUCUCGCAGCUCUUCAAGGGCCACCCUGACCUCAUUAUGGGCUUCAACACCUUCCUGCCGCCUGGCUACAAGAUUGAGGUGCAGACCAAUGAUCGGGUCAACGUAACCACGCCGGGACAGAUACAUUACAUCACCCCCCACGGCAUCUCGGUCCACAACCUCCCAGUGAGUGGUGGGCCCGGCCCACCACCCAGCCACCAGCAGCCGCCAGCGCUGCCACCACCAGCACCGCAGCCACACCAGGGUCAGCCGCAGCAGCAGCAUUCCACUCCCCACACAACCCCAAGCCCAGCCGCGCCAACCCAGCCCACACCAGCAAAGACCAGCAAGCCAAUCCAGUCUCCGGCGCUGACCCCCACCAGCCAGCCCAACCCAGCCACCCCUUCCAUCCCAUCCUAUGCCUCCCCCCGCUCGCCCUCCGUCCAGUCCCACACCCCGGUUAGCAGCACACCUACCGGGGGACCCGCGCUGCAGAACAACCAGCCAGUGGAGUUCAACCACGCCAUCAACUACGUCAACAAGAUCAAGAACCGCUUCCAGGGACAGCCGGACAUCUACAAGGCCUUCCUCGAGAUUCUCCACACUUACCAGAAGGAGCAGCGGAAUGCUAAAGAGGCGGGGGGCAACUACACCCCGAACCUGACGGAGCAGGAGGUCUACGCUCAGGUAGCACGGCUCUUCAAGAACCAGGAAGAUCUGCUGUCAGAAUUUGGACAGUUCCUACCGGACGCCAACAGCUCAGUGCUUUUGAGCAAGACCACUGCAGAUAGGGCAGAGUCGGUCCGCAACGACCAUGGAGGCACGGUGAAGAGACCUUUGCUGAGCAGCAAACAGAGACUCAACCAGAACGGCCUGCCCAUUAGGAGACCUUCUGGGGUUGGAGCCGCUCCCCCUAUCAAGAAGAAACCCAAGAUGAUGGGGAAAGAGCAUGCCAUGGUAGAGGUCAACAAGCACAGCACGGGUACAGAAACAAUGUUCUUUGAAAAGGUGAAGAAGGCGCUUCAGAGCCCAGAGGCCUAUGACAAUUUCCUGCGCUGCCUCCUCAUCUUCAACCAGGAAGUGAUAUCCCGUGCUGAACUGGUGCAGUUAGUUAUUCCCUUCCUUGGGAAAUUCCCCGAGCUUUUUACUUGGUUCAAGAACUUCCUGGGCUACCGUGAGUCCAGCCAUCUGGAGAGCUUCCCCAAGGAGCGGGCCACAGAGGGCAUUGCCAUGGAGAUUGAUUAUGCUUCCUGCAAGAGACUAGGCUCCAGCUACAGAGCACUGCCCAAGAGCUACCAGCAGCCCAAGUGCACAGGCAGGACCCAGCUUUGCAGAGAGGUUCUGAAUGACACGUGGGUGUCCUUCCCGUCUUGGUCUGAGGAUUCAACAUUCGUCAGUUCCAAAAAGACCCAGUAUGAGGAACAUAUCUACAGGUGUGAGGACGAACGGUUUGAGAUGGACGUGGUGUUGGAGACUAACCUUGCCACGAUACGGGCGCUGGAGACAAUGCAGCGGCGGAUGUCACGGAUGUCCGCUGAGGAGCAGCUACGCUUCCGGCUGGACAACACUAUGGGCGGCUGCUCCGAGGUCAUCCACCGUAAGGCCAUCCAGAGGAUAUAUGGGGACAAGGCCCUGGACAUCAUCGACGGGCUCAAGAAGAGCCCCGCCGUGUGUGUCCCCAUCGUGCUCAAGAGGUUAAAGAUGAAGGAGGAUGAAUGGAGGGAAGCCCAAAGGGGUUUCAACAAGAUCUGGAGGGAGCAGAACGAGAAAUAUUACCUGAAGUCUCUUGACCACCAGGGCGUCAACUUCAAGCAGAACGACACCAAGGUGUUUCGUUCAAAGACGUUGCUUAGUGAGAUUGAGAUGCUGUAUGAUGAGCGACAGGAGCGGGCAUCGGAAGAGCCCAGUGGCCCGCACCUAACCCUGCCUUACGACGACAGCCAGAUCCUAGAGGAUGCCGCCUCGCUGAUCAUCCACCACGUCAAGCGACAGGUGGGCAUCCAGAAGGAGGACAAGUACAAGAUCAAGCAGAUCAUCCACCACUUCGUCCCCGACAUGCUGUUCGCUCAGCGCGGCGAGCUCUCCGAUGCAGAGGAAGAUGAGGACGACGAAGAAGAGGAUGAGGACGAGGACGAAGAGGAGGCGGCGGACCGUGAGGGUGUCAAGAAGCACAACGGCCUGCCGGGGGAUGGAGUCAGCAAGUCCAAGUUGCUUUUCAGCAGCACUGGGGUCCAGAAGCUGAGGGGACUGGACGACGCCUACAACCUGUUGUAUGGCAACAACAACUGGUACAUCUUCCUGCGGCUCCACCAGAUGCUGUGCUCGCGGCUGUUGCGCAUCUAUGGCCAGGCGGAGAAGCAAAUAGAGGAGGACGCCGGUGAGCGCGACUGGGAGAGAGAGGUCCUGGGCCUUAAGCGAGAGAAGAGUGAGAAUCCGGCUGUCCAGCUGAGAAUGAAGGAGCCCAGUAAGUGUGGAAACUCUGGCCGCCAGCCAUCCCCAUUGGAGGGAGUGGAUGUUGACGUGGAGGACUACUACUCUACGUUCUUGGAGAUGGUGAAAAAUCUUCUGGAUGGCAACAUGGAGCCUGGACAGUAUGAGGACACUCUACGGGAGAUGUUUACCAUCCAUGCCUACACUGCCUUCACCAUGGACAAGCUGAUCCAGAGCAUCGUACGACAGCUCCAGCACAUUGUGAGCGAUGGCGUGUGCGUGCGCGUGACGGACCUGUACCUCAGUGAGAGUGCCAACAAGGCCACUGGGGGCGCCGCUUCCACCCAGGCGUCGCGGGCCACGGCAGAGGGGGUCUACCAGCGAAAGGCGGAGCAGCUCAUGCCAGAAGAGAAUUGCUUCAAGCUGAUGUUUUUGAAGAGCAGGGGAAGUAUUUCUCUGACCCUGGAGCUUCUGGACACAGAGGACGAUAACUCAGAUGAGCCUGCAGAGAGGUGGUCGGACUACGUGGGCCGGUACCUGAACUCGGCCUCUGCGUCCCCAGAGCUGCGGGAGCACCUGGCCCAGAAGCCCGUGUUCCUCCCCAGGAACCUGAGGAGAAUACGCAAGUGCCAGCGUGGAUGGGAGCUUUUGCAGAAGGAGAGGAUCACCAAGGGGCCCUCUGAUGGCUCUCAGGACCCCAAGAUGGAGUGCAUGUUCAAGCUCAACUCUUACAAGAUGGUGUAUGUCUGCAAGUCCGAAGACUACAUGUACAGGCAUACAGCGCUCACGCGGGCCCAUCAGUCCCAGGAGCGUGUCAACACUCGCCUGCACAGGCGCUUCCAGGCCUGGCUGGACUGCUGGGCCAGGGACCACGUGAACGGGGAGAUGGCGGCGGAGAACUGCAGUUGGCUUAUGGGCGAGCGAAGUGAGGGUCUGCUGCCCUGCAGCACCACAUGCACUCCAGAGGUUCUCCAUUACGUCGCCGUUAACAAGUACCGCGUCAAGUAUGCCCCAAUGUAGCCCACGACACCAGCUUGGACACGAUAAACUGCCACUGCAUAUCCGAGUCUUUAAGGGUCCUUUGCCUGGACUCUGACUUUAUGUUUAGUCGCUCAGCUCUUUUCUCCUUGGUAUUUGGAUUUUGAAAGACACUUGCUUUGGUGCCUACUUGUGAAAUGUUUUUUGGUUUGUUAUAAAGACGUUCAACAUAUAGAGAGCCCCUACCAACCCUGAGGUACUUAGUAGUCCAAUAAGAGUUUGUUAUGGUAACAUGGCUAAACAGAUGAAUGAUGCUCUUGGUGGAUGGAUGGAUGAACCGGCUGGAGUAUUGGAAAUAAACUCAACCCUAAGGCCGAACACAUAUUGUUUUUAAGAACCACCACCGUAAAACAUUUCACCUACAACUUUCGAGUUUUCUACAGCUGUUUACCUGUUUUUGUAUUAGGAUAUGAAACGUAUUUUACCCGGUCCAGCUAUCACAACCUGUGAAGGUUUUACUACUGGGCACAUAGCUAUUCAAGAACCGCAAGUGUUGACUGACCCAACACUUAAUAAUAGUUUGUACAUAAGGUCUGAUUUAUGAGUUAUUGAUGCAUAGCAUACUUCAACAACCAUGGUACCAAUUUUAAGCUACGUGUUGGUUAGCAUCGUAUAGACGUCAUUUUAACUUCGACCAAAGGAUGUUCAUGAUUAUUGUCCUUUGUGUUCUAUCGAGUGAACCUUUUCUCUUGACCUUUGUUUAGAAGGAUAUAUUUUUUUAUUUCUUGAUGGUGAUAUUCUACACUUUUAAGCAGCACUGUUAGAUGACCACAUAUUCUUUCUCCCUCCAGUGAUUCACAAGUUUGUUUAGAGAUUUCACAAACUGUGAAUGUAGCCAGGCAACAAUAUAUGCUUUUUGAAAGUGUGUGUCUGUAUUUUAAACGUUACCAACAUUUGACCAGUACUGCCAGUCUAUUCGUUUUGUUUCGGGCUUCUGUUGCAAUCAUAACUGGUCCCACACCACAUACAUUUACAUAUUUUUGGUUUUGGUUUUUAGUAUCUGAAGCAUUGUCAGGGAAGUAGAACAGGAGGACUGGUGCAGUACGCCUAUGUGUGAAUGAAUCAUUGUACUCCGUUCAUCCUCAGCUAGAAACGAAGCAAGCAAUAAUCAAACAAUGUCGAAGGAGUCUACUAUUUUGUAUGCGUUUUGGCAGGGUCAAACAUGAAUGUCAUUUUCCACUUGGAACAGGGGGUAUCAAAUAUUUUUUAUUGCUGUAUCCUUGGCUGUCAAUUUUUAAUAAAUGUGUAUAUAGCUUUUGGUUAUUGUAGAUAACGCAAUGUAAGAUUAGGCCUGUGAUCUAUAACCAGGUGCUAGAGAACAGCUCCUUAUAUACUUAACCAUAAUUCAUGAACUAGCCAUCGGCAUGUAAACGACGUGGAACUGAUGGUGCAAAACGACUCGCUGAAAUGCAAGACUCCAGUCUCAAGUCCCAGUGAUGAUGACACUAGUUUGGAACUUGCUGGAAUAGACCAAAUGUUUGAAAAUAUUGGUUUAUGCAGAAAACCAUUAGGGGUGGGAAAAAUAAUCGAUUCAUCGAUGCACCGCGAUUCUCUGUAGAACGAUUCUGUCUCGAUGCAGAUAAAUUAAUAAUCUUAAUUUAAAAAAAUAUCUCUUUUUUUCUUUUUUUCGCCUGCUGCAACAUUCUGUUCGCCAGAGAGGGAUCAUUUUAGUAAUUUUACAGUUAUUUAAUUUAUCUUCAGUUUGUAUUGGCCAUUGGCCAAUCUGAUUUGUCUUGACACAAUUGCGAUUCAGCCUACGCAUAGCAUGCACGCAAACUCACAGCCAGACACAAGAACUCAGACAUUCAAGAGCAGCUUUUUCUUUACGGACAUAGAAAAGAGAUUAGAAAGAAAAUAAAACUGAAACCUAUUUUUUACAUACUCCAUAUUGUGUUGUAAUGCAAGCUGCACUGAUUAUUGCGUUGUUCAUAGAAAGUCAUAUUUGUGACGAAAGCUUUUUCCCUAAGAAAAUAUUAGAUAAGUUAAUUCAUCUGUUGUCUUUAAUGAUCAUCACAAAAGUAGGAAGUGAGUAGCAAACUCAGUUGUACAUAUAUAUUUUUGAAAAUCCUGCAUGAAAAUGCGUGAUGCGUGCAUCGAGAUCCUUCGAUAAUCGCCAUAGAACUGAAUCGUUUUACUCAUAAUCCGAAUCGAAUCGAUUCGUGAGGUGCGAAGAGAUCCCCACCCCUAAAAACCAUCACACUACACACAUUUCAUGCCCUCAAUUCCUGUGAACUUUGCGAUGGAAAUAAUUGAGAUCAGCUUUAAAUGUUCUCGAAAUGAUAACUUAACACAUCCUGCUGAUGAUUUAUGUUACAAAGUUUGGUUAAAAUAAAUUUGGGGUGGGGAAAAGUUUCAGAAAUAUAUUUACCAUAUUAAUUGUAAAUUCUACAUGAACUACCAGGAAGCUCAAUUGUACAUAUGACCGCUUUUUCUACCCCAUUUGUAUGUGUUGCCACUAUUUACCAGGUCUUUUGACUUCUGUGAUGUUAAAUGAGUGUAGUAUGGUGUUUGGCAUUAAACUUAAUUUUAUAGAUCGAAAUGUAGCUGGCCCAAUGUGUUUCCUAUACGAGAUGUUGGGUUUAAAGGACCAUUUAAACAGACUAAACCAGAAGUCAAUGCUCUGACAAGAACAUAUGGGUAGUCUAUAAGGAUGAGGCAUCAGGUAAAGAGGGUUGACAUAAAGUGGGGGAUAUUAUGGUAAAAAUGUAAAAAUGUAUUAGUUUAUUUAUUAAUAUUAUAUAUAAAUACAUAAUCAUUAUAUAUAUAAAAAUCAUUACAUAUAUUGAAUAUAAAUAUAUCACAUAACGAUUAUUUGUAUUUAGAUAUUAUUUAUAAUAAUCUUAUGUUAUCGUUUUAAGCCUAAAACCAAUCAAUGUAAUCGCAUCCAUAAAACAUUUGAUAGGUACAAGACUUUCCAUUAUUUUUGGGUGAAGGAGCUACUCAUCCCAUAAACCAUUGCAAACUUCUUUGCAAUGGUUACAUCCAAAUAGUUUAGCGCUUUUCUUGCAUCUUAUAACCUUUGUCGUGUUUUAUAUUGUUAAUACAAGUUGUGUCAUAUAUUCUGUGUGUGUGUGUAUUGCUUUAGUCUAUAGCGUUGUCGUCGACAUGGUAUGUUCCUGAAUGCAAUCAAUGUGUAGGCCUAACGUUACUCGUGUUUAAUGUGAAUUCAGUUAUACGUAUAUAUUCAACAUUUUGUAUUCCUAGCUUUUUUACUUCCCA